AUGUGGUCGUCAUUAAGUCUGCUGAGCCUUGUGGCACUCCUGGUACCAUCACAAGCCCUCUACUUCUACAUUGACGGCCCCACACAGAAAUGCUUCUUCGAGGAGUUGCCCAAGGACACCCUGGUAGUUGGCACCUUCAAGGCGACACAAUGGAACGAUCAAUCGCGAACAUAUGUCACGAAUCCGGACAUGGGCAUAUACAUCACAGUGGAUGAGAUCUUCGACAACGACCACCGCGUGGUAAGCCAACGCGGCUCCCACACUGGAAAAUUCACGUUCUCCGCUGCCGACUCCGGCGACCACCGCCUCUGCUUCACUCCCACCAACGUCCCUUCCACAUCUGGCAUCCUCUUCUCGGGUGCACAAGCCGGCGGCAUCAAGUUCGAGCUCGACAUGAUCAUCGGCGAGACAUCCGCGAUCGAGAGUAGCGACAAGGAUAAGAUGGGUGAGGUCGUGUCUAAGGUUCGGGAUAUCAACGCCCGGUUGCAGGAUAUCAGGCGCGAGCAGGUGUUCCAGCGUGAGAGGGAAGCGGAAUUCAGGGAUCAGAGUGAGGCUGUCAAUGCGAGGGUUGUAAGGUGGACUUUGAUCCAGCUGGCUGUGCUGGGUGUGACUUGUGCAUGGCAAUUGAGUUAUUUGCGUAGCUUCUUCAUCAAGCAGAAGCUCGGAUAG